GGGUCCGGACUCCGGCUCCGGCUCGGGCUCCGGUGUUUGGGACGCUCGCUGUCGUUGCGUUCCAGAUUCGUCCCACCUGUGAUCAAAACGAAGCCGGAACCCGGGUUGCCCCCUGGCCGAAAGCGCCGCCCCGCUAAUCACCGGUCCCCAAACUUUCCCUCAGCCGGGGCGUUAGUGAGGACGGCCGGGCAGGCGGAAACGGACCAUGCCCCGUGCACGGCUUCUUCUGGCAGCUUCCCUCAGCUGUGCUUCUGGAUGGAUCCUCGUCAACAUCCUAGGAUUGCAUGCGAUCCUCAAGCUUGAAAACCCACUGAAAAUCAUUUGGGGGCAUCUUAAAGUGCUGUGUUGGACAUGGCUGAAGGCUUUCCCCUGGCGUCUUCCUCUGAAGCUAGCAGAAUAAUGGAGAAAUAAUGUAUGAAAGCAAGCCCUUCCGCCAACUCCUGUCUUCCUAGAAGGCCCCUGAAAGAAACAGCUGCAGAAGUUGAAGCCGAAGAUAUUGAAUGCCUUGCCUGAGACCAUUCUGCUAGUGAGUGCAGGGCUGGGUUUCAGUUUUCUGCUACCGAAGUGAUUUCAGGAGGCCCGUGUCCACGAAGGCUACGUUUUUCCCAGGAACCAAGAGCCUGCGGAAACAACUGUUGAUGAUUUUCACCUUGGAACCACCAGCGUCAUGGAUAAAGCUUCAAAUGGCCACAGCUUUGCCCAGCACUUCAGUCUGUUCAGUCAGAUUUGUGAGGCCUGUCACUCCCAGAUUUACAAGUGGAUUCAACUAUUCCAAUAGUCUGAUGAGAAGAUUUCAAGAGUGGUGCAGUACCAGAAGGAAUCUUGUGGUUGCCAGUGACAGAGGAUUCAGCCCAAACCGUGUUAGCAAAACCGGUCUCAAAUGAAUCUGACGUGAAAAUUCCAAAGCUUCCGCAGAAGGAAUUACCAUUGCUCUGCCAUUGAUUCAUGCUAGAUGUCAAACUGAGAUACAGGCAAAACGCAAGCCCAUACAAGCUAAAGGAACAGAUUGUGACAACAUUUAAAAAUAUCACAAGUCUCUAACUAAGAAGCAGUUCUGAUAAGUGGAUUUGGAAUUCAUGCAAAAUACCUGUAACUCUGAAAAUCUAAAUUGUACAUUGCCAAGGCUAGGAGAACACAUCCUUGCUUAGCUGGAGGAAAGCCAGAGAGCGUCUCCGAACAGGGCAGGGCUGGGGCAGACAGCUGCGGCUUCCAGACCAGCUCAGCCUCUCCCAGAUCUGCAGCUCUGGGCUUGCCUUCCAGGCUGAAAGGCAAAGCAGCCGUGGCCUGUUCAGAUGUGUGUGCAGAUCUCUGCAUUCCUCAUAGAGAAGGUUUUUUUCUCGUUUUCAUUUCUCUUGAAACAUCUGGGGUGAGGAAAAACCUCUGCACUGGCUGAGCAAAAGAAAAAGGAUCUGUGACUUAAGUGGCUCCUCGCAGCGUAAAGGAGAGCACUCUUCACACGUCUUGGAAUGAGAAGUUGAAACUUUCCUGAACACACGCAAUCUAGGAGACAUGGGCUGUGCCAGUUCAUCAAAGAAAACCAAGGCCUCUGAGAAUGCACUGGUUGCCGCAUUGGUAAUCCAGAACUGGUACCGAGGUUACAGCGCUCGGUUGAGGACCAGACAACGCUAUGCGCUCACCAUCUUCCAGUCCAUCGAAUAUGCUGAUGAACAAAGCCAAUUGCAGCUAUCCAAUUUCUUUACCUUCAUGUUGGAAAACUACAAACAUGUACAUGAGAAAGAUCAGAGAUUAGUCAAUCGACUGUUUAGCUACUCCCUCCCGGACAAGGAUAGACUGGACUGUGUGGGGCUUAUAGACGUCCCAGACUCCUACAGUGGUCCUCGGCUGCAAUUCCCGCUCACUUUUACCGAUAUUUAUUUACUUAUUGAGGCCUUCAAGGAACGAAAGAUACUUCAUGCAUAUUAUGUCUUAGAGGUGCUCUUUGAAUCCAAGAAAGCCCUGAAGCAAUUGCGGAAUUUCAAUGUCAUAGAAACUUGUCCCUCCAAAGAUGUAACGAUCUGUGGUGAUCUGCAUGGGAAACUGGAUGAUCUCUUUUUGAUCUUCUAUAAGAAUGGUCUCCCCUCAGGAAACGACCCAUAUAUUUUUAAUGGUGAUUUUGUAGAUCGAGGAAGUAAUUCCAUAGAGAUCCUAAUGAUCCUGCUUGUGAGUUUUCUUGUCUACCCCGAAGACGUGCUCUUGAACAGAGGAAACCAUGAAGAUUUUUUGAUGAAUGUGAGGUAUGGCUUCACAAAAGAAAUCUUGCGUAAAUAUAAGAUACAUGGAAAGAAAAUCUUACAAGUCUUGGAAGAAGUCUAUAUGUGGCUCCCAAUUGGUACAAUCAUUGACAGUAAAGUCCUGGUCAUACAUGGUGGGAUAUCCGAGUCCACAGACUUGAAUUUACUCCAACGUAUAGAAAGAAACAAAAUGAGGUCUGUGCUGAUGCCACCAAUUCCAGUGCAUGAAGACUAUGGUACUGAGUUGAAGAAAAAUAAAGCAGGCAUGCUUCGGGGAGUCAAAGCAAGCGAAUCUCUUUCUCAACAAUUAGCAAAGCAUGAACGGGAACAGGUUAUUGAUAUUCUGUGGAGUGACCCCAGAGGAAAAAAAGGCUGUUAUCCAAACACAAGUCGAGGAGGGGGCUGCUAUUUUGGACCAGAUAUUACUUCCAAGUUCCUUAAUAAAUACCGGUUGAAGAUGCUCAUUAGGUCUCAUGAAUGCAAGCCCGAAGGGUAUGAAGUCUGCCAUGAUGGGAAGGUUAUCACUGUAUUUUCUGCUUCCAAUUAUUAUGAAGAAGGCAGCAAUCGUGGAGCUUAUAUCAGGGUGGGUUAUGGUAUGUCCCUUCGAUUUUUCCAGUACCAAGUAACUGAGGCAACGUGCUCGAGGCCUCUUUACCAAAGGGUGAAUACUAUUGAAAGUAGUGCCAUCAGGAUAUUAAAAGAAAGAAUGAUUUCACGAAAAACUGACCUCAUUAAUGCUUUCCAACUUCAAGACCGCAAUAAAUCAGGCAAACUUUCUAUGAGCCAGUGGGCAUUUUCCAUGGAGAAUGUUUUGGGGCUGAACUUACCUUGGAGAUCCCUGAGUUCGCAUCUGGUCACCACAGACGACGAUGGAAAUAUUGACUACAUGUCCUGCUUCUCUGAUAUCCACAUUCAAAAACCUGUGAAAGAGGUUCAGUCAGCUCUAAUUGAAACUCUAUACAGAUACCGAUCUGACUUGCAAAUCAUCUUUAAUGUCAUUGACUCUGAUCACUCAGGUCUGAUCUCCAUGGAAGAAUUUCAUUCCAUGUGGAAUCUUUUCAAUAGUCACUACCAUGUUCAUUUUGAUGAUUACCAAGUUGAUGAACUCGCUGAAAGAAUGGACUUAAACAAAGAUGGAAGCAUCGACUUUAAUGAGUUUUUAAAAGCUUUCUAUGUAGUGCAUAAAUUUGAUAAGUUGAGCAAGUCAGACACCACACUUACUUAAAAAUUAGGGCUUUUCCCUCCUCCUUGUAAACAAUCACUAACACAGUCUUCCCAGGACCCUUAAAAUUCAUAGUAGUAGAGAAAAGUACACCCCAAUUUGUGCCAUAAGCAGAUGUAUAGUGUGGGUAUUGGAAGUCCCUAGUAAGCUGUUACUGGUAAGAUUAGGUUAAAUGUCAGCUGAUAGAUUUGGUUCCAGUGGCGGGACGACAUUUCUAGGUAGAAACUGGGUUAGAGCCUAAUAUUGGUCUCUUGGACACCACCUAACCAGGAGACCAGAGCAGUUUGGAAACAUAAAAGAACCCACAGAACACCAGAGGAAAGUACACCAUCUGUGAGUGGCUGAAAGAUAGGAGGAGGAAUACCAAACUACUAAUGGAAUAAAAUAUUAUCAUCUUUCAAAUGUAAUCUUCUUUGGUGAUGUUAUAAACCAGUGAUUCUCAAUUGUAAGGGUACCAGUCUCCAGAGAUGGGGGCCAUAUCAGACUCUUGGGGGGAAGCUGCGGGAGUGUGUUAUUUGAAAAAGCAUAUUUUCUUGUCUGUUGGAGAUACAAAGAGAAUAGUGAAUACAUUCAGAUUGAGCCCUACAAUUAAUGUGGUUUGACACCUUCAUUGAUAAGAUGGGGCCUUGGUUAUGCAUACAUUGUACAAUUUAUUCUAUUUCGAUUGCAUAUCAAACAUAAUAGAUUUCUGUUUAAAGGCAAAUAUAUUUUAAUUUUUCUCUAAGUUUGAGAAUUUCAAGAUCUACCAAUAUGCCAGGGUAGAUGUCCUGUAACCCUGCCUGCUAUACGCACCGGAAAUAAUGACUAAAAUAUAACAAAUAUUUUUUUAAAUGUAUAGCUGAGCUUGCAGGAAAGUACAAGAAACCCUUAUGGGGCAGGAGAAAAAGAGCAUAAUUAAAAUCAUAGCAAUAUUAACAUUGGACAGCAUAGACUUGAAGGAGAAGAACAUCAUUAGGGAUAAAAUAGUCAUUACUGAAUGCUAAAAGGAAUUCACCAGGAAGAUAUAAUAAUUAUAAACAUAUAUGCAUCUAAUAAUGAAGCUUUAAAUUUAUAAUGCAGCCUUGACACAACUUCUAGGAGAAAUUGAUAGAGGGAGAUUUUGAAUAUACUUCUGUCAGUAAAUAAAAAAUUAGUGUAUAGAAGAUUGGACAACCCAGUUAAUCCAUCUGAUGAUGUGUGUAUCUAUAUGUGUAUACUCUACACCACAUUCUUUUCAAACACACAUGGAACAUUUAUAAAUAAAAAUUGAUCAUGUAUUAGACCACAAAGAUAUCUCAAAUACCAAGCAAUCAAUAACAAAGAUACUACAGGGCCGGCUGAGUGGCACAUUGGUUAAGAGCUGGCUUGGGACGCCAGAG